CGGCACGCUCAGAUAGGUACCUGGGUACUUAAAUAUCUCAGGGACUCUUAGGAGAAACUUCGGUUAUUUUGACUUUGUUCAGCGACUAAGUUGCCAAGGCCUCAGUCAGAGCUGUACAUACAUAGGGAAGUGAUCGUGUGCUAUGAUCUCAUACCAACAUUGAAAGGGCCAUGAACACGUAUUCCUUAAUGAGAUAUGAGCAAAGAAAAGACCAAAUCCAAAUAAAAUCAAAGCCCUCAUUAAUUAUCUCUGUACGAUGGGCGUACUAGCUCUCAUUGUCAUCAACAAGGCCGGCGGUCUCAUCUACAACCGCACCUUCGGGGAUGGCCUGAACCAGCUGAACACAAAUGACUACCUCGUACUUGCUGGUACUUUCCACGGAGUCCACGCCAUCACAGCCCGUCUCAACCCGCUGAAAGGGCUUAUGAAUGCCCAACACCAGCAGCAAGCGAUGUUAACAGCGGGCGGCGUGCCGAUACCAAGCCGGCCGGAUCCGCCCUCGGGUCUCGAGGUCAUGGAGACGGAGAACUUCCGGUUACAGUGCUUCACCACGUUGACAGGCACCAAGUUCCUGUUGUUCACAGAUACGAUGCAGACCAACGUGGACAUAACCAUACGCAAGAUCUACGACUUGUAUUCCGACUACGUCAUGAAGAACCCUUUCUACCAGCUAGAAAUGCCUAUCCGCUGCGAAACCUUCGACAGGAAGCUAAACUCGUAUAUCAGGGAGAUUAACAACUCCCGAUAAUACAGAGGCUUACUAGUAGUAGGUAUUACGGAUUUCUCUUACGGACUCACCUUUAGGCAUAGGGGGAGGGAUCUGGCGACUUUGACGGGGCGGAAUUAGGAAGGCUUAGCUAUCUAGAGUUGCAUCACGGCAUGGCGUUUGGAGUUAA